AUGAAGCUGAUAAGUGGUAUUUAUUCUAUCAUUUUAUUCAUACUUUCAACAUCGCCUCUGUAUCAUAAUACUGCUACAUUGGAAGUGAACUUUUGCGGGUAUGAACAAACGUGUUCUAACAACAUCACAAAACAGGCGUUACCGAGUGGUGCCUGUUGCAAACCUUGUGAAUGUGAAGAUAUUUGUAUAGAAAAGGGAACAUGCUGCCGAGAUAAAGAGAAACCCGUCGAUGCGGACAUUAAUGCAAAACAGAAAUGCCUUGCAGCUGCAUAUACACCAAAUGGUGUCCCUCUUCCCGAAGAAAUUCUUACAUUUUACACUAGAACAAGCUGCCCGGUAACCUAUGAUGAUAUAGACAUAAAGGCCAAGUGUGAAGUAGAUACUCCCGGUACAAUAACAGACAUAAUUCCCGUUUUAUCCCGAGAUGGAAAAGUACUUUAUAAGAAUAAAUACUGCAGUUACUGCCACGGUGAAAAAAUGACAUACAGUUGGGAUGUGACUGUACACGGAGCCUCUUCUCAAACUUGCCGUGAAUCAUUGCAGUCAGAAACUAUAAACAUUGAAACAGUAUCAACAAAAAUACUGUCAAACUGUAUUUUAGAAUUCAGACCGCCAUCAAAUAUAUUAUUGCUUUAG